UGUGUUCCAUGUAGCUUGACUGACGGACUUUGGCACUUUUGACAGUUAGCAUGUUAGCUAGAAGUUGCUAACUAGCCUGUAAGUCCUCUGAUAAAAUGUCUGUAAACUAAACAGCACAAAGUGUUUCUGUGGUUGAAGUUCGUGAACAUCUCCCAGCCUGAGGAUGUUUUCAUCUGUCUGGAACUUUGUGAAGCGCCACAAAAGGAAGUUUAUUUUCACCGGAGCUUUGGUUGGAGGAGUGUACUUCCUGGGUAAAUAUGCACAGAAGAAGCUCAGUGACAUGCAGGAGAAGGAGGCGGCAGAGUACAUCUCUCAGGCCCGGCGACAGUUCCACUUUGAGAGCAACCAGAGGACCUGCAACAUGACCGUGCUGUCCAUGCUACCUCCGCUGAAAGAAGCCAUCAUCAAUCAGCUGAAUUCAGAAAGCUUCACUGCACUACUCAAGGAAAAACCAGCCAAUAAGCUGGAGAUCUGGGAAGAUUUAAAGAUCAUCAGUUUCACGCGCACCAUGGUGGGGGUGUACAGCACCUGCAUGCUGGUGGUUCUGCUCCGGGUCCAGCUGAACAUCAUCGGAGGAUAUCUGUACCUCGACAACUCUGUGGGCAAGAACUCCCCGACUCCGAUGGCUCCUCCUGACGUCCAGCAGCAGUACCUGUCCAGCAUCCAACAUCUACUGGGAGACGGUUUGACAGAGUUAAUAACUGUGGUGAAGAAGGCGGUGCAGAACGCUCUGGGAAGCGUGUCUCUGAAGCAGAGCCUCUCCCUGCUGGAGGUGGAGCAGCAGCUGAGCUGGAUCCGGGCGGAGGUCGAGGCCGGCGUCGAGCGCCCCAUGUCCUGGUACCUGCUGGCUGACGAUGAGAACGCCCUCGCUGACCAGGCCUGCGGACUCACAGAAAACGACGUGGUGACGAUCAGGCUGUUGAACGAGACGAGGGACAUGUUCGACAGUCCAGACUUCGGCACCGUCCUGAACGCCAGCUUCAACCGUGGUUUCUCUCGACUGCUGGACAACCUCGCCGAGUUCUUCCGCCCGCCGCCCGGUGACUCCGCCCCCUGCGCUGCUUCUGAUAGUCUAUCAGCAGUCAGUCUGCCGCUGGCUAAGAUCAUCCCCAUCGUCAACGGACAGAUCAACUCCAUCUGCAGUGAGACGCCCAGCCACUUUGUUCAGGACCUGCUGAUGAACGACCAGGUGAAGGAGUUCGCGGCCAACGUCUACGAGACCUUCAGCGCGCCUCAGGAUCUGAAGAAAUAAAAACCCAAGCAUGAGGACAUCGACACGAGGAAAGGAGGGAUGAUUUUGGACUGUUCCUCCCUCCUUCCUCUCCGAGACGCUUCCUUCCUGCAGACUGCACGACAGGAAUGGAGGAUGCAGUGACUUGCAACAGGUUUUUCUCACAGAAGAGCCUGGGAUUAACCCUAAGAGUGAUGCAUCAUGGGAAUUGGAGUCCAAUUUAACCUGGUAUAGAGGUAAGAAACACACAGAGAGACUGACAUAAUGUGGUGAAGAAUUGGUGGCAACUUUUUCACACAAUAUGAAACUAAAACUUGAGUUUAUGAUAACACUGAUUUUAGGAUGAUUUCCUCGUUUUUCUCUCAGCAGUGGUGAGUGUUUUGUUUGUUUACAUCGCCAGCUGUUCUGUCUGCACUUUGGCUGUGCAAAAAUAAUUCACUUUUUAGGUGGUAAUAUUCAAUUUUCUUUUUUAUUUCACCCUUUUAUUAAAUUCUUGUCACAGUUUCUGGAAAAUCUGCAGCAACUUAUAUUAUUUUCUGUUUUUAAAUCAUCAUUAUUAUAUUGUAUUAACACAUCUGGGUGUGUUGAUUCAUUCCAAAUGAAAUGGGUAAUCAAACUAUAACUUAGCAGAGGUGGAUAUUUCUAAUUACCCAUAUAUUUUUCAUAAAACACAAUUUUUAACAAACUGAUCAGUUAUGUGUAGUCGCUGUUUCUCCAUUCAGAAGACCACCACAUUAAAAGCAGUACACUUCUUUUGGUGCAUACAAAGAAAUAGGACACGCAGACAAAAAUACACUGAUUUCUGCUCAGAUUUCACUCUAAAUCUGUGUUUUUUGGAGCAUUUAAAGCAUUAAAAGUCACAUUUUGUGUUAGACGCAGUUCCAUUUCCAGCCAGAAGGGGUCACUCUACACCUGCUGUUGUGAGAACCUGUCUGGUUUCCCUCUUGUGUCCUCAUGAUAAAAGUAUUUCUAUCCUUUUGACGAUAUGACAUCCUGGUUUACAUCCUAAAAUAGCUUCAUAACUUCACCUCAUUAGCCACAUUGGUUUUGUAUUUUUCUCUCAAAUCGCAGAUAUUCCUUGUCCUCCAAAAAUGACUUUAUAUUCCAUCUAUGUAGAAAUGACGACUGUUACCCAGAGCCAAGUAACUUGAAAUCCCUGUAUGGAUUUCCUUGUGUGUUUCCAACUGUUCCCACGUCUUGAUUGGCUACUCGAAUCAGGUGUGUGCAGUUAACACGCCUGCCUCGACCAAUCAUGUAAGGGUAGAAAAGGAGGGGUAGAUUUCCUUUUUUACUUCAACGUUAAUGCAAUCACCGUAAAAAGAGCUGCACAAUUAAUGGAUAUUUUAGCAAAAAGGCCUAGUGCUUUAUCCAAAUCGCAUUAGUUAAAAUACAUGUGAAUACCUGGAGUAAUAUUGUGGAGCUGCAGUCCCGGACUAUGUAUUUUAUACAGAUCCUCUUUAACAAAUCAAACCAGGAUCAUUUUUAAUAAAUUAUUCAUGAUAAUGUGAUUCAUGUUGAAUAUUAGUCAAAAUAUCUAUUAUCUAUUCCUUAUUGUGCAGCCCUACUUUGGAGCAUUACUUUAUUCCUCCUUUUGUUACACCGUUGACAUGACAACAUGAUUAGAAAAGUGAUUGUUAAUUAUUGUCAGCCGCCGAUCGAUCUAUUUGUAUCGCAAUGGAAAUGAAGCACCUGGAUUCCCCUGAGUGUUCCUACUACUACAUGAUAAAGGAACAAAGUGAAAGUUCUGAAAUGCUUGAAUGCUCUGUUUCCUGGAGAUACCUGCCAGAAACCAGUCUGGGGAAAAACCAGGCAGAUCAGUCAGACUUAUUUUUACAAUUCCUUUACAAUGUACAUUUCUGUUUAUGUAAUAAAGACAUUAUGCCGUUUGGAGCAUAAAUAUCCUGAAAGACAGCAAAAAUGUUUGUUUGUAGAAAUGCAUUGAAGAGAUAAUUAAAGUAAAAUAUGAUUUAAUAUAAA